AAUUGCCUUUUCCGACAACAUGGUUGGGUUAUAUUCAUACAUGGAGGAUUGCUAAUUUGUGUGUUAAUUUGGGUGCUGAUCGAUUAUGGCGACGGGAAGUGGAAGCGCGCAUUUGGGAGCUUAACUUUCCUGGAAAUUUCUGUUUGGUUGAAAUUUGGAAACCUUGCGGGAGAUUCAAGGGUUUUUCUUGUUAGGGUUUCUUAGCCUUCAAUUCUUGCGACAAACGUCGAUGUCAUUCCAAUUCGGUAAACCCUAUCGAGGGUUUUCUUUUUCGAGGAUGUAACGGUUUCUUUAGGUUAAAUAAACUCUGUGAAGCCUGCGGCGGAGGAUUGAGCUUUUGAUUCUGAAUCUUUGUUCGAUUUCGUGUUGCCCCAAAGUGGAUUCAUUCUGGGGAUUUGAAUUUGGUACUUUAUGGUUUGCGAUUGGGGGUUUUAAGAUUCGGGAUGAUGGACGAAGCUCAGGGCAGUUCCAAUUCGUUGCCUCCUUUCCUGACAAAGACUUACGAGAUGGUCGAUGAUCCUUCGACGGACUCAGUUGUAUCUUGGACUCCGGGUAAUAAGAGCUUUAUUGUGUGGCAACCACUGGAGUUUUCGACUGAUCUGCUGCCGAAAUUCUUCAAGCAUAACAACUUCUCAAGCUUCAUUAGACAGCUUAAUACAUAUGGUUUUAAGAAAGUGGAUCCAGAGAGAUGGGAAUUUGCAAAUGAGGAUUUUGAGAAAGGUCGGCCAGACCUUUUGCGGAACAUUCACAGGCGAAAACCAGUUCAUAGCCAUUCGUUGCAGAAUGUUCAAGGACAAGGACUUUCAUCUCCAUUGUUGGAUCUUGAAAGGAAGAGAUUCGAGGAAGAGGUUGAGAGGCUUAAGCACACUAAUGAAAAGCUUCUUCUUGAGUCGCAGAAACACGAACAAGAGAAUCGUGAAUUACAGUUGCAAAUGCAAUUGAUGAAGGAUCAGUUUCGAGGUGUUCAGCAACAGCAGCAAACGUUGCUUUCUAUUGUUGCGCAUGCUUUGCAGAAACCAGAAUUAACGAUUUAUUUUGUGCCAGAAUCACAAUCUCAUGAGAGAAAGAGGAGGUUGGCUACAGUCGCCUACUAUUACAAUGAAUCCAGUGCUGAGGAUGAUCCGGCAGAGCAUGCCCAUUCAGUGUCAAAGAAGCAUAUGGAUUACUCUUCUACCUCGGAUCUCAACAUGGAGCAGCUCGACCAGUUAGAAUCAUCCCUAACAUUUUGGGAGAGGACCAUUCACGAUGUUGAUCAAGCUAUCAUUCUACCCAAUCUGAAGUCCAACCAAACGAAAAGUGACAUCCAAAGCCCACAUAUUUCUUCUGUACAACUAAAUAGGAAUUAUCAGUCCGAGUCACAUGUUAUCGACAUGAAUUCAGAGCCUGUUGGAAGUAUUGCUUCUGAUCCCAUUGUGUCAAGAAAAGAUGCUGAUGAAACCACUGCGAUUGUGCGUAAUGGGGCCAAUGAUGUGUUUUGGGAACAGUUUUUGACUGAGAAUCCUGGUUCAUCUGAUCCUCCAAAAGUUGCACCCGAAGGCAAGGAUUCUGAUAAUAGUAAAAAGAAUGCGAAUAAAUCUAUAAGCUUUGGAAAACUUUGGUGGACUGGGAACAAGAUAAAUAACCUCGCAGAACAGAUGGAACAUCUUACUCCAACUGAGAAAACGUGACAUUAUUUGAUCUUUUUUAAGUGAUGAUGCCCUUGUUGCCCUGCCCAUGUGUAAUAAAUUUAGGUACAAAUGAAAUCGAUAGAUUGUGCAGCUGUAAAGAGAUUCGUUUCUUCCAUUUUCCUAUAAGCAUGAUUGUAGGGAUUUCUGGCUCAUAAAUGUCCUUUCUUUCCACCAUUUGAUUGUGAAUAGCAGCCAACUAUACAUCAGCUUAUGUCUAAUUCGUUCUCCUUGACUUAUCCUCAAUGUGAGGUUAUCUGAUAUCUACAAUAGAACAGACAUGAUGCAUCAGAUAGAUGAACGAAAGAAAUGUAAUUGUGGAAGCUCCGUGUCCAACUUUCAAGUUUUAGUACUAAAAACCUACUCACAAUUUUCUUUUC